AUGGCCUGCGUGUUUGAACCAGAAAUCGACCAACAUACGGCGGAUCUCAUUCUUCAGCUGCAGCAUGAAGAUAUCAUCCUCUAUUUUGAAUCAUCUAAAGGAAAUUCUCGAGAGCCCACUGAUGAAGAGUUCGCAUUCCAGCUACAAAAUGAAGAGUUUGACAGCACUUCCCAGUGCCUCCUGGAUAGGCGAAUGGCUAGCAGCUUUGCAACCGCGGUUCUAGCUGACGGAAGGAUUCUGAAUGAAAACUUAGCUGAAGAGGAAAAUGCAAUCAAAGACCGGGAUAUCGCCCUUCGCUGGACAGAGAUUGGGGGACCUGCAGAAGAUGCCCGAUUGAACGCGGAUUCAGAAGCGCUCGACGAUGAGACUUUGGAAAAACUUCGCAUCUUAUACGUAUCUCAUGACGACGGCAUCAACGAUGUGGACGCAACCACCGAAGAAAGUGAGCCAGCCGAAUCAUCUACUUGGGCUGCCGGGCGGAUUCGCCCGUCGCGUUCCUUGCACCGCUGUGUUGCGUGCAGAGAAGAUACUGAUUUCGUGAAUGUGGUACGCGUCCCCUGCGGCCAUGAGUAUUGUCGCUCCUGUUUAGAAGACCUUUUCAAUGCGUCAAUGACGGACGAAUCACUGUUCCCUCCGCGCUGUUGCCAACAGCCUAUUAUCAUGAGCAUUGCUCGCAUAUUCCUCAAAUCUGACCUCGUGAAACACUACGAGACAAAGAAAAUUGAGUUCGAAACCCCGAACAGAACGUACUGCUAUUAUCCUGGCUGUUCUGCCUUCAUCAACCCAGGUCAUAUAGAGGGAGAAGUAGCCACCUGUCCCCAGUGCGGGUUCACAACUUGUGCAAGCUGCAAGGGGCGGGCACAUACGGGUGACUGUCCUAAUGAUACCGCUUUGCAGCAGCUCCUCAAUACUGCCCAGGAGAGUGGAUGGCAGCGGUGUUAUGCAUGUUGGCGGGUAGUGGAGCUAGAUCACGGUUGCAAUCAUAUGACCUGCUAUUGUGGUGCCCAAUUCUGCUACAACUGUGGUGAGCGUUGGAAGAUUUGUACCUGUGAACAAUGGAAUGAGCACCGCCUCCUUGCCCGCGCACAUCAAAUACUCGAUCGAGACGCACACCCUCCCAUCAUCGCCCCUCCCGCAGAUAUUGAUGAGCCGCAGCCGGAUACUGAUGAAGCCCAACCAGAACUUCAUGAGCUUCCACCCGACCUUGAGGGAGAAGUUACGGUGCCCGAAAUUCAGGCCCCUAUAAAUAAUGAAAUCGCAAGGAUCAUCAAUGAGCUUUUGGAGAACCAUGAAUGCAGUCAUGAGAGAUGGAAAUUCGUGCCUGGCCCUCAUACCUGCGAGGAAUGUUCCCACUAUCUCCGCCAAUAUAUCUUCGAAUGUCGUCAAUGCAGAUUACAAGCCUGUAAUCGGUGCCGAAGGAAUAGGCUUUGA